AUGCAGCGGCUGGCGGCCUGGGAGCCUCAGGGCGCCUGCGCGCUGCGGCGCUUCCAGGGGCUGCUGCUGGAUCGCCGCGGCCGGCUGCACGGCCAGGUACUGCGCCUGCGCGACGCGGCCCGGCGCCUGGAGCGACUCCGCCGGCGCUCCCUGGCGGCCAGCGUGGCGGGCAGCUCGCUGAGCGCCGCGGGCGCCGUCGCCGCCAUCGUGGGGCUCUCGCUCAGCCCCGUCACCCUGGGGGCCUCGCUUCUGGCGUCGGCCGUGGGGCUGGGGGUGGCCACCGCCGGAGGGGCCGUCACCCUCACGUCCGACCUCUCCCUGAUCUUCUGCAACUCCCGGGAGGUGCGGAGGGUGCAGGAGAUCGCGGCCACCUGCCAGGACCAGAUGCGUGAGAUCCUGAGCUGCCUGGAGUUCUUCUGCGGGUGGCAGGGCCGCGGGGACCGCCAGCUGCUGCAGAGCGGCAGGAACGCCUCCAUCGCCCUGUACAACUCUGUCUACUUCAUCGUCUUCUUCGGCUCACGUGGCUUCCUCGUCCCCAGGCAGGCCGAGGGGGCCACCAAGGUUAGCCAGGCCGUGCUGAAGGCCAAGAUUCAAAAACUGACCGAGAGCCUGGAGUCCUGCACUGGGGCUCUGGACGAACUCAGUGAGCUUCUGGAGACCCGGGUCCGGCUCUGCGCCAAGUCCAGCCGUGGCCAUGACCUCAAGCUCUCUGCUGACCAGCCCUCAGGGCUGUUUUUCUGAGAAUGUCCUUUCCUCCUGAUGACCAAGUCCAGAAACCAUUCCCAUGGGAUGCUGCAGUUUGUAGCUCCUUCUGGAAACUUGGGUUGUGAGCUUAAAACAAAGGAUGAGAAAAACUGUUCAUGAAAUGGGUGGGCACUCAUGGCCCUUCUUUUCCCACCAUUGUGACAUCCUGACCGGGCUUAAGUGCUAGGGUCUUUUCACUUGUGUGAUCCUAGUGGAGUAUGUGACCUGAACUCCUUUCUCUUCUUCAAAACCUUUCUGUCUUCACACAGCUGGGCAGGCAGGCCUGUUUUAUGGUUGUUUCAGGGUCCCUGCCCCAGCCCUGGUGGUUUGAACUGAGGAUGGACAGAGUGCCUCUUUCCGAGUCCUCUCCAAGCCCCACCAGGCUUUGAGAGGAUGCACGUGCUUUAAAAUCCUUCUUCCAGAGUUUCUGAUAUAAAGAUCUCCAGAAUCCAGAGCAAACCAGACCCCCUCUGAACUUUGUGGGAGGGCUCAGGACCCAGAGAGGCCCUGGAGCUGACAUGCCCUCUUCUCUCUCCUCUCAGCUUACUCACUCAUAGAUCCAGCCUGGGCAUGGAGUGGGCCUUUCCUGGGUGGCCUCAAAUCUUGACCUCCAGGUAUUCUGAGAGGGAAGCCAACUAAACAGUCAUGCUCCCUUGCAGGAAGAAGCUACGGCUGAGAAAGAUGACUCACAAAUACACUUACUGACAUCCUAGUGUAGAGGAGAGAGCAACGUGUUUUGAAUUAGAAGUCCUGGGUUUAGUACAGGCCGUGCCACUGCCAUGUGACCUUGGCCACCUAAUCUCUCUGAGACUUGGCUUUCUGUUCUGUAAAACAGAGAUGAUAAAACCUCACCUUGUUGUGAGGUAUUAAGUGAGACUAAGGGCCCAGCAGUGUCUGGCUCACAAAGUGUGGUCCCUGAACUGGCAAGUCAGCAUCACCCAGGAACUUGUUAGAAAGGCAGAUUCUUGGACUCCAAGUCUGGUUUAUGGAAUCAGAAACUCUGGACCGAGGGUCCAGCAACCUGUGUUGAAACAAGCCCUAUGGGUGUUUCUGAUGCACACUGCCGUUUGAAACCACUGCAACAAAUGUAAUUUCAGAUUUCCUCAAUGGAGCUGUCAGGAAGUCUCAGGGCCACUCUAGGGGCUCCAUGGUCUUCAGGGUCAUUCGCAGAAGGUCAAGCACAGGCUGUGUCCCAGAAGCAAAAGAAAGAAUAUGUGUGUGCAAGCACGUGUGCAGGUGCCGUGCUCCAUGCUGGUCAAUGCGUCCUGGGGUAAUUUUCACCAUAUGAACUAAGAGUUGUAACAUAAUCAGCCCUCUGGAGGGCAGUGUUGCCCACUCACUGCAGAAACUGGUACAAAAGGAAUGUGAACUUACUGGCAACUGGCUUUUCUCUUAUCACCUCUGAAAACCGCCAGACUGUGUACUUUUUAUUUAAGUUUGCUAUUUAAUUACUGUUUAUUAUUUGCAUUUAAUUUUAUUUAAUCACCACAUUUAGAAAAUAAAAAGAAUAACAGGUUUCUGAAUAGGAGACCACUGAGGCUCUUUUCAGGAGAUGAGGGUGAGUUUGACUUUCUGAGUUGGGGCAUGAGCUGGAUAUAGCAUUGCUCUUCUUGAAUAAUUCUCUCUCCUUCAGAGGGAAUUUUUAAAAAUCUAGUGUUUUUAAAUGAUCUUUUUAAGUAAGUGUGGGGAAUUCUGAAUAUAGAGACCAGGCACUGAGUUUAAGCUUGUAAAUGGAGGCUUGAAUUGUGGGAUAUGUAAACGAUGAAGCAUAUUUAUCCUGAAGGUACUUUGCCAGAAGAUAACACUUGACCUGGAAAGAGAACCUAGUUAGUUCAAGAAAAAUAAAGUAGAGGCAUGUGAAGGAAGCACUUAGACCUUGGAAGACUGAUGCCCUAUGAAGUUAUGUCAUAAUGACAGACAAAACAGCUUGUGUUAUGGUGGUGAUGUGUCACAUUUUCAUUUGGGGGUCUGUAAGAAACCUGUCUGCCAUGUAAAGAAAACACUUAUUUUUUCAAUUUCCAUCCCUACAACUGUAAUGUUGAAAAAUAAGUUGAAAAGUCUUUGGGACCAUGCACAAAAACUUGGCUAUGUUAUUGAAUUAUUUAAUAUACUAUAAAUUUACCCAGUCUACCCGCAUGCUUCCCAAUGAUGGCAGUGUGUCUGGGGAAGUAUAACUUCAGCACUGGAGGGAAGAGCUGGUGUUUCUACAUUUGUAUCUUUCCUAUAAAUUGCAAUUAGUCUGUAUCCUGGUUUAUUUUGAAAUUGGUUUUGGUUUCUUUUUAAAGUGCCUUGCACAGAUGCUAACAUUUUAGACCACUAGAAUGUACUUUACCUUGUUUGUGUUAUGUCAUAAAGGUACAACCAUCCCUGA